GUGUCUGUCUGUGUGUGAGAGUGAGUGUGUAUAGUGGCUCCCUCUAUUGCCUCGGUGCACCACACGGACAAACGCUUGUCAAUGGACUAUUUCAGACGGAUCUCUAUCGGUUCGUGCUCCGUCUCCUCGCGGCUCGCUCGGUGACUUGUGCGGGUUUUUUUCGUUUUGUGUGUCCGCGACCGGAUCCUCCUCAUGCGGAUGGAAACAGAGAGGACGCAGCGAGAAAUAGAAGGAGUCGUUUCCCCCUUUUUUACGCACAAGAAAACGCCGUGAGUCUCGAACUUCAAGUGGGGUUUCCGUGCGUUUCACUUUGAAUCCAUCAUCGGACGCCUUUUGGGGGGGGUUUGGGGUUCGUCCUCCUCGCGGGGAUCUGUUCUAAUAAAGUGUGUUGGAGAUAAAAGUGCAAUGUGGCCGGGAUGUGACCACCGGGGCUCAUUUUGAAUCUAAUCUAUCUGUGCGCAGGGGUCGAGCGGAUUCAGUCCAGCUGUGAAUACGUGUUUUGUUAAUCAUUAGAGUUUUUAAUUAUAAGCUGACACAGUGACCCCCCCCCCCCCCACACACACACACAGGAGGAAAUCACUAAUGAAAUCCUCCAACACUGGCACUUUUUUAUUAUUUUAUUUUUUUAAGGUGGAGCAUGUUGUGAGUUCAUUCUAACCUCAUCUCACUUUAUAGGUUUUUAAUAAUUAUAUAUAUAAUUAUUAUCAGCUCCGGGGAGUUCGUGCGCACUGUCCAUUUCCCUUCCCACAUGGCACCGUAGCCGAGUCCGUGCGCAUCGUUUUCUUCCAUGUCCGCACCGUGGUCCGUUUUACGCUCAGUGGACCUCAGCUAAACUUGCCGUGGACCCGUGGGUAUGGGAGAGGCGACCCCCGCUCAGUCCGCUUCGGGCCCGUUCGGACCCAUGCUGGGUGUCGGUUUAGGGAGCAUGCCCGGCGGGAUCGCCUCCGGGCCGGGGGUGGCCACCUCCAGAGGGUCGGCGGUGCCACAGCUGCACAACGCCAUCGUGGAGCGUCUGCGCGCCCGCAUCGAGCUGUGCAGGCGGCACCACUCCACCUGCGAGAACCGCUACCAGAGGGGUCAGGCCGAGAGCUCCGACCGGGAGCACGAGAGCACGCUCCACCUGCUCAACAUAGUCCACCAGGGGCCCGGGAACCGCAAGACGAAGGGCGGCCGGGGGUCGAACCAUCAACCUCCGGAGUACAGCAGGUCCAACGGGGAGCAGAAGGGAACCGAGGGCGAGCAGAAGAUCUCUACGCGCAUAGCGCUCCAAGGAUCUCUGCGACGAAAGAUCGAGGGACAUGCACCGGGACACAUCCCGAAGCAGAAUGGGUUAUCCUGCGGUUUCUCGGGAGCGGACUAUAAGAGGGUCCGCGUGGACCCCGGCGCUCUGGGACAUGGACCUUGCAACCAUAACUUGACCCAGUCUCACUCGCUUCAAGGUUCGUCGGCCAUGGGCAUGCAGAGGAAGAAUUACAUGAUGCCUCACGGAGUGGGGUCGGACAUCUUCAACAUGACCCUGAAGGAAAUGAAGAAGGAGCCCAUCGAAGUCCCGUCGUGCGGCCAAUCAAACACGGAGAUGAUUUUUGACUUCAAGGAUGAAUGUCAGAUCGACCCAGAUCUCCAGGAUCUGUUUGAUGAGCUGACAAAGACGGUGUCCCCGCUGAACGACCUGGAGUUUGAGAAGAUGCUGAAACAGGAUGAUACGUUCGGUUUGGAUCUAGGUCGGCCAAGCUCAGCAGGCGCAGCUGGCAGCCUGUGCUCCCCGAUGGACAAGCCCAUCAAGAUGGAGCACUCCCCGGAUUUUGGCCAGGUUCACGCCGGCUCGCCCCAGCUUCGCCCGGCCUCGGCAGGGCCCUCCUUCACACUGACCGGCACCUCCUCCAGCACCACUACGCAGAAACCCAACACUCCGGCAGGGCACCCCAGAGCCAUGCCCUGCUGGCCAGAAAUAUCCCACGCAGAGCAGCUGAAGCAGAUGGCGGCAAACCAGCAGCAGCCGAGCUCUUUGCUCCACCACCACCACCAGCAGCCACCUGUGGGACUGCCCAGCUGGGCUCCUGCCAUGAACAGCCACUCCUCCACCAGCAACUUCCCCCAGGACAAGGUCUCCGGCCCGGCGCAGGUCAACCAGCAGAGGAUCGGCGCCCAGAGCAAAGGGAUCAACAACUGCCUCUUCAAGUCAAACGGCCACACCGGCUCCCAUCACCUGGACAUGAAGAUUCUCAGCACCAAGCCCACAUUGCACUUCAGCCCCAAAGCUCCCCACUCUGCCGGGGGUCAGCCGAUGUCCAUCAUGACGAGCUCGGGGAACAAGGCCUCAGCCCAACAGCAGCAGUCGCCUUCCACGUGCCAGAACCAGCCGCAUUCAUCGCUCCACUUCCAGAACCAGCAGAUCUCCUCGUCAGGGUCCCUUUGUCUGCAGCCCAAGACUGGUCCUGCCGGGCUGCCGUUCAAACUGGCACAACAGAGACAGGGCGUCCCUCCUGGUCCCAGGCUGCCCAUCAAUGGGAGCUUAGGGGUGAUGUCGGCCCAGUCGCAGCCUCGAGCCCCGGCGCCCAACCUCCAGCAGAAAGGCCCCAGCAAAACGCCAGCCAUGCAGAGGCAGCUCAACCAGCAGCAGCUCGCCAUCGGCAAUCCGGACAAAGACAACGCUCAUGACCAGUUCAGCCGCCACCUCACGAGACCCCCCCCGGAUUACAAGCAGUCCAGAAGUAUGGUGGGACUCAAGCAAGGAAACAUCUACUCAGGUCAGAACUCGUCCCCGUCUUCCAGCACUGGCCCCGAGAACGACCUGCAGUCCAUGGCCUGUCACCUCCCGAGCGGGUCCGGUUCCAAGAUGACUCCUUCGCCAUCGGAGCGCCGAUUUGGCCUCGGCCCCGACUGUCAUCCGACUCCUUGCAUCGGCCAGUUCCAGCAGCACAACAACCAGAACCAGCUCGGAGUCAAUCAGAAUAAACCGAGGUUCCUGGGGCCGAACGGGCAAGCGGGUUCCUUCGGGAUGAACAAUGUAGCAGGCGUCCAACAUCAGAGGACGACAGCUGACCUGCAUUCCUCCGGGGUCCCGGGGCAGGGUCUCGGAGGCUUGAUGACAAAUGUCAACAUGGUGUGGGGCUCGGCCAACAAGCAGUUGACAGCUGGACUUGGCGUUAGGCGGAUACCCAACCCGCAGCUGGACAUGUCCAACCACCCGUACCAACAGCGGCACAUCGGACCGCCCAACCAGGUGGCGCCGGACAUCGGGAUGCUCCCUCACAACCCCUCCAUAAGAGACACGGGGCCCCGGCCCAACCAGCCCAUCAUGGGCUCCCCAUCGGCGGUGGGGAGCCUGAACCAGGCCUCCCCCGAACAGAGGGUGCCAGCGGGGAACUUCUCCGAGCCCAGCCCCAGCUCUGCCGGCUACCACCAGAACAACCGAGCCAGCCGCCUGACCUUUGACUUCCUGCCCGAGGGAGACAACACCGUCCCCGGCAUCAACACGGACUCGGACUUCAUCGACUCUCUGCUCAAGUCCGGCUCCGGGAACGACGACUGGAUGAAAGACAUAAAUUUGGACGAGAUUCUCGGCAGCCACUAGUGAAUUAUGGAUCACGACAAAAAAAUAAAAGAAAGAAAGAAAGAAAGACCCAAAGCCCAAAACUGUAGAGGUUAUUCACGUAAGGUGGAACGAGAGAACAUUUGUAAAUAAUGAUAAAAAAAUGGGAUUUUAUAAACUCACAAUAUUUGUUAUCCAAGUAAUACUGUAUUGUUUUAUAUUGUAUUUACUGUGAAAUCUGUGUUUUUUUUCUGUCUCCAGCAUAUGUUCCGGUUCCUGGUAUUUUUUUUGUCCCGAGAAACUACUUCUGUUUGCGGUCGCUGUUGUUUAUGGUCGGUCAUCUUCAAGCUGUAGUGCUGUCCUGUAGGAUCGAGAAACCAAAUUCACACUGUGAAAAAAGAAAACAUUGCUGUGUUGCGUUCAGGUUCAUCUCCAAGUUUAAUGUCUCCGCCCACUAUAGCAUGAUAUGGUAUUUACCUUCAGAUGUUUUGCUGCCACACAAACACACAGAGAUGUUAUUCUUUAUUAUUUUCUUACGUACUGUUCAAGCUUUUUUUUUCGAUCUGUGGUAGUUUUCGAUGCAGUUUAAAUAAUGUAACCAUUCUUUUCUUUUUUUUUCUUUCAUGUGAUAUUUAAUAAUUAUUGGGAUAGUAUUAAAACAUUAUAACACAUGCAAUUAAUAAACUUGAUUUGAAUUCA